UCUCUCCUCUCUCUGCUCAGUGUUGUGUCCCACCGCCAACUCACUCUCCAAGCUUUAGCCAGGAACCAGGAACCCGACUCUACUCUCCCCCCCACGCGGCGCCCUAUCCACAGGCCACAGGUAGGCUUUCAUCACACGAGCUCCAGUUACCUCCCACAUAUAAGCUAACCAGGCCAGGUGAGUGCAAACACUCCUCACCAGACCUCUCGAUCCGUCACACACACUCCAGUGGACAGGCAGAAUGGAGCCGGAGUCAGACAGCAUGCCGGAGGUACCAGAGGAGAUCAUACAUAUGCUCACCAUCCAGGCAGCAGCAGGUCAGUUUGGUCCAGAGGUCCGGGAGAUGGGCCUCCGAGUGUGGAGGGUGGAGAAGAUGAAGGCAGUUUUGCUGGAUCCCUCCGAGGUGGGAGCCUUUUAUAACGGGGACUCCUACCUGGUGCUGGAGAACCGUGGUCAACUGGGAGCCGACCUCCACAUGUGGAUAGGUGAGAAGUCGUCUCGGGACGAGCAGGUGGCGUGUGCCAUGUUGGCCACCCAGCUGGACCACUUUCUGGGCGGUGACCCUGUUCAGCACAGGCAGGUUCAGGGCUACGAGUCCCCGGAGUUCAUGGCCCUCUUCCCCAGAGGGGUCAGCUACAAGGUGGGUGGUGUGGAGUCGGGCUUCAGGAGGCCUCAGGGCUCCGGGACGGUGCACAGGUUGUACCAGAUCAAAGGGAAACGCAACAUCCGUGCCAAGGAGGUGGAGCUGUCCUGGAGCAGCUUCAACAAAGGAGACUGCUUCAUCCUCGACCUCGGAGAGACCAUUGUGUCGUGGAUCGGGUCACAGGCCAACAUGUUCGAGAAGCAGAAAGUGCGCGAGAUCGCCUCGCUGAUCCGUGACACGGACAGACACGGCAAAGCCCGGAUUGUGGACACCUGCGAGGGGGAGGAGCCUGAGGAGAUGCUCAAGGUCCUGGGACAGAAGCCAGAGCUGGCAGCGAGCACGCAAGAAGAGGACAACAAAGCAGACAUUUCCAACUCUGCCUCCCUCUACAAGGUGUCCGACGCGACGGGUUCCAUGACGAUGACCAAAGUGUCGGAGAAGAGCCCGUUCGCCAAGGACGCGCUGGUCCGCGACGACUGCUUCAUUCUGGACAACGGCGCCAACGGAAAGAUCUUCGUCUGGAAAGGUAACGGAGCAAAUGCUGAGGAGAAGAAGGUGGCCCUACAGAUGGCGGAUAACUUCAUCGAAAAAAUGAAGUACCCCAGGAUGAAAACACAGGUGGAGAUACUGCCACAGGGGAAGGAGACCAUCAUCUUCAAGCAGUUCUUCACAAACUGGAACUAAACAUAUCAUGGACAAAUCCUGCACGCGAGAAGAAGCUGAAUAUCUGACAAACAGACAGCAUCCGAUUCAAAAUACAUCUCAUUCUUAUGCAUUUAGUUGUAUGUACAUAUUUGUCAGGUACCGUGCUGACAGAGCACACUGUAGCUUGUUUCGGACUUUUAUAUAUGCAAACAAGUGUCUUCUGGUGAGAUUAUAAAGAUAUGAAGACAUAUAAAAAGAACCUUAAAUAAAUGAGUUUGGAAUUAUUUUUUUUUAUACAUUUGUUCUAGUGUCACAGAUUUGCCUGCAUUUAAAAAUAAAUCUGAAACUGCUACUUGUA